GUUUUUGCGAGCGCCGGGGAAUGACAAGUCAGCCCUGACUCGGGGAGCCUGGCAGGGCGGGACGAGCUGCGGGAGCGGCGUGUCUUGCCACGCGUGGGACCCGGCCUCACCUGCUGCCCCGAGAACAAGCUAGCAAGCAGCGCUUCUCACUGGCCCCCAAGGAUGCUGGAAUUUCUGAAGCGCCCCAUCAUGGUGACAGCCGACAUCAACCUGAACGUGGUGGCCCUGGCCGGAGUGGGCUUGCUUAGCAGGCUGUGGCGGCUCACCUACCCGCGGGCUGUGGUUUUUGAUGAAGUAUACUACGGGCAGUACAUCUCUUUUUACAUGAAACGGAUCUUCUUCCUGGAUGACAGUGGCCCGCCGUUUGGCCACAUGCUGCUGGCCCUGGGAGGGUACCUAGGAGGGUUUGAUGGCAACUUCGUUUGGAGCCGAAUCGGAGCAGAGUACAGCAGCAACGUGCCUGUGUGGUCCCUGCGCCUGCUGCCUGCCCUCGCGGGGGCACUGUCAAUCCCCAUGGCCUACCAGAUCCUCGCUGAACUCCACUUCUCCCACUGCGCCGCCAUGGGGGCUGCGCUGCUGCUGCUUAUUGAGAACGCCCUCGUCACCCAGGCCAGGCUCAUGCUGCUGGAGUCAUUGUUAAUAUUCUUCAAUCUGUUGGCCGUGUUGUCUUACCUCAAAUUCAACAACUGCCAGAAACACAGCCCCUUCUCCCUGCGUUGGUGGUUCUGGCUGACGCUGACUGGGGUCGCGUGUGCCUGUGCAGUUGGCAUCAAAUACAUGGGCAUGUUCACCUACCUGCUGGUGCUCACCAUUGCAGCUGGGCACGCCUGGCACCUGCUUGGAGACCAAACCUUGUCAAACGUCCGUGUGGUAGGUCACUUGCUUGCCCGGGCAGUGGCCUUGCUGGUCGUCCCCGUCGCCCUGUACUUGUUGUUCUUCUAUGUGCACUUGGCGCUGCUCUACCGCUCGGGACCCCAUGACCAGAUCAUGUCCAGCGCCUUCCAGGCCAGCCUGGAGGGAGGACUCGCUCGAAUCACCCAGGGCCAGCCGCUGGAGGUGGCCUUCGGGUCCCAGGUGACACUGAAGAGCAUCGCUGGCAAACCCUUGCCCUGCUGGCUACACUCUCACCAGCACACCUACCCCAUGAUGUACGAGAGUGGCCGAGGCAGCUCCCACCAGCAGCAGGUGACCUGCUAUCCCUUCAAAGACGUCAACAACUGGUGGGUCGUGAAGGAUCCUGGGAGGCACCAGCUGGUGGUAAGCAGCCCCCCGAGACCUGUGCGGCACGGAGACCUGGUGCAGCUGGUGCAUGGCAUGACCACCCGCCUCCUCAACACGCAUGACGUGGCGGCCCCACUGAGUCCGCACGCCCAGGAGGUGUCUUGCUACAUCGACUACAACAUCUCCAUGCCACCCCAGAACCUGUGGAGGCUGGACAUUGUAAACAGGGACUCGGACUCGGCCGUCUGGAAGACCAUCCUGUCAGAGGUCCGCUUCGUGCACGUGAACACGUCCGCCGUCCUGAAGCUGAGCGGGGCACACCUCCCCGACUGGGGCUUCCGGCAGCUGGAGGUGGUUGGGGAGAGAGUGUCACGGAACCACGCAAGCGCUGUGUGGAACGUGGAGGAGCACCGCUACGGCACAAGCCAGGAGCCGAAGGAGAGGGAGGCAGAGCUGCACUCCCCGACCCGGGCCGACAUCAGCCGCAACCUCAGCUUCCUGGCCAGAUUCUCAGAACUGCAGUGGAGGAUGCUGACACUGAGAAGUGAGGACCCGGAGCACAAGUACAGCUCCUCGCCCCUGGACUGGCUCACCCUGGACACCAGCAUCGCGUACUGGCUGCACCCCAGGAGCAGCGCACAGAUCCAUCUGCUGGGGAACUUGGUGAUCUGGGCCUCGGCCAGCUUCGCCACAGCCGUCUACAGCGUGCUGUUCUUCUGGUACCUGCUGCGCCGGCGGAGGGACGUGCACGACCUCACCGAGGACACCUGGAGGCGCUGGCUGCUGGCAGGGGCCCUGGGUGUCGGGGGCUGGGCCGCCAACUACCUACCCUUCUUCCUGAUGGAGAGGACGCUCUUCCUGUACCACUACCUGCCCGCACUCUCCUUCCAGAUCCUCCUCAUCCCUGUGGUGCUGCAGCAUGUCAGUGACCACCUGUGCAGGUCCCAGCUGCAGAGGAGCCUGUUCAGUGCCCUGGUCGUGGCCUGGUACUCCUCCGCAUGCCACGUGUCAAGCAUGCUGUGCCCGCUGACCUAUGGGGACAGGUCGCUCUCCCCAGCUGAACUCCAGGCCCUUCGCUGGAAAGACACCUGGGACAUCUUGAUCCGGAAAAGCUAGCAAAGCCGGAACACGGCCUCUUCCCACACACUCCUCUCUGACCAGUGGCGUGUGCCAGCCUGGCCCGCACCGUGCACCUGCUCCUGAG